AUGCCUCUAAAAGACGAGGAAGCUCAGAGUAAAGAGGUUAGCUCCCUAUCACCGCGGCCCGAUCAUAAAUGGGACAGGAGAUUCGACGUUGAGCGGUUGAACUCAGGCAAAGGCACGACGCCCGAGGGUCCUAACAAGCCCAGUGCAAUUUGUCAACGAUGUGUGUGGAUGAAAGCACAGGGUGUUUGGGAAAAGGCGGAAGAGGAUAAACUACAAAAAAUGAUCAACAACUUUCUCGCCGAGAUCAAAAAACGUUACACUUGCCCAUGCCCUGGCUGUAGCAAGUACAAGCAACACGAACGCGUCAAUGAGAGGGCGAAAGCAGAUGCUAAAAGGCAAUGGACAACCAUCCCUUCUGUCUAUGUGUCAGAAGACCUCGGCAGGCGAUAUGGAUGCAGAGAUUGCAGCCUCAACGAAAUCCUUCUGAAUAACCGCAGGAGGGACAGGCUGAUGGCUGACGCGCAACUGAGCUACCUCAAGAGGCCGAGUACGAUGGUUGCGGAUUGCAAUACCAGGCCUGCCGAUACUGAUGCUCCAGCCCAGCCCCCUGACCCUCCUGUUCCAGCAACCUCAAAGCCCUUUAUCGACGGAUUUCUUGAGGAUCUCAUUGCGGAGGUCACAGGAAGGAAGGGUGAAAAGAAAGUCUAUUCUAUUUUGGUCGGGGGUCGUGGCGAGCGACGCCCACGGAAUGGGGUUCCAGUUUCCAGCGAAGUGUGCGCCAGAAACCAGGAGCAUAUCCUCAAGUUCAUAAGCCAAUUCUCGGGGGUCCAUAAGGCUAUCAAAGCCAGGCCUGCCGUCUUUCGACCAGUUCUCAAGAGCUGGCUCGUAUCAAGACCUACCCAGAGUCGACUACACUACCCAAGAGAGCUCUAUAAGCUGUGCCCUGACCAACCGCUAUAUGCUUUUCAAGAUUGGGAAGAAACGAAUCGGGAGGCACUGGAGGGGGAAAAGGCACGAGUAAAUGUAGAAUCGGGAUCCUCUGCUGGUCCUGAGGUUCUAGCGCCGACAUCUGAUGGAGUCUCAAAGCCUGCCAGAACCUCGAAACCCGUCAAAGCUUCCACCCUCGUCGAGUCCUUAAAAAGCGUCAUGCCCGGGCCAGUCGUAACCGUGACACCCAUCAUAGCAUCUACACCGGUGAUUGCUCUUGAACCCGUCACCUCCGCGCCGGAUAAUAUACCGCUAACCGUCACAACCUCAUCGUCUUCCGUAACCGCGACACCCGUCAUGAACUCUACAACAGUAGUAACCUCUACAGCCGCAAUAGCUCCUGAGCCCGCCGUAACCGCGACAUCCGUCACCACCCCCAUACCUGUAACAACUCCCCAACCAGUCACGCCCUGGGCAGACCUCAUACCGCCACCCGUCACAACCCCAUCACCCUUUGUAAUCGCGACCCCGAUAGCACCCCCAAACCCUUUCCCAACCACUGCACCCGAGUCUCGCUCACCCUUGGGUGCCUUCCCAACCCGAAGACCAGACCCCUUCAUCCCAAGCCGCUUCAAAGUAGCUCCUCCUCCUCCCGUCGCCGAACACACCUUCACCGCCCCCGUCAUAACCCCUCCCCAUUCUUUAGCCCCAACAAUCCCAAACCUCCCCGUCACAAUCACCCCCUUCCCCAAUCCUCCCAUCACCACCCCCUCCCGCCAGCCCCCCAUUCCCCGCCCCUCCACCUCCCUCCAACGCCUCACCCUCCUCGACUACCUUACCUACCAAGCCCAAUGCAACUUUUCCCUCUCCUCCGCCCUCCACACCUCCCUCACCAACCCGGACGUGAUGCCCCCCUCCCAACACAUAGUUUUCAUCUACUACACACUCCACUACCUCUCCUACUCCCUCGACCAAGUCCGGCAAACCACCUCCAUCGCCGAGUCCACCCUCGCCCCCUUCGAAAACCGCCGUUACGCCAGCGAAAAAGUCCACAUCCUGUUUAACCGGGCUGCCGCGAUGGGGAGCAAGUUUGUUUACAGCAGCGAAGAUGAAGCUAGGGCGAGGGAAGCGUGGGGGAUAUACCAGGUUUGGAUUUGUGGGGUGGGGGAGGCGGAGCGGGAGUUGAGAGAGGUGUUUUUUGAGAGGGGGGAGAAGCCGGAGACGGCUAUUCCGACUGAGUGGGUGAGGUUUCAGGGGGAGCUUUGGAGGUUUGGGGUUUGGUUGGAGGAGGGGGUGGGGGGCCGGUUGUUGGUGCCUUUUCCUUGGUGA